AAAAAAAACUACAAUUCAUUUGUAAGACAUAAGCAAAAUGGCUAUCGGAGGAUUGGCUCUUGAUGUCUCCGGCGCCGGAAACAUAGAUGCCAAGAUCACAACCGCAGUUGUCAUGAGUUGCAUUGUGGCUGCCUCAUGUGGUCUCAUUUUUGGCUAUGACAUCGGAAUAUCAGGGGGUGUGACAACAAUGAAGCCGUUUCUUGAGAAAUUCUUUCCAUCGGUUCUUAAAAAAGCUUCGGAAGCUAAGACGAAUGUGUACUGCGUCUACGACAGCCAACUUCUUACGGCCUUCACAUCUAGCCUUUAUGUCGCCGGCUUAGUCGCUUCCUUAGUGGCUAGCCGUCUCACAGCGGCUUAUGGUCGCCGCACCACCAUGAUCCUUGGCGGUUUCACUUUCCUCUUUGGUGCCCUGAUCAAUGGCUUAGCUGCCAACAUUGCCAUGCUUAUCUCCGGUCGGAUUUUGUUAGGAUUUGGUGUUGGCUUCACCAACCAGGCGGCUCCGGUGUAUCUAUCGGAAGUAGCACCACCGCGAUGGCGUGGAGCAUUCAACUCCGGCUUUCAAUUCUUCAUCGGUGUCGGAGUUGUAGCAGCCAAUCUAAUAAACUACGGUACGGACAGUCACCGUAACGGCUGGCGUAUCUCUUUAGGUCUAGCUGCUGUACCAGCCGCGAUCAUGACCGUGGGAUGUCUAUUCAUUUCCGACACACCAUCUAGCCUAUUGGCGCGUGGGAAACACGAUCAAGCUCACACGUCGCUGCUUAAGCUACGUGGCGUCGAAAACAUAGCUGACGUGGAAAUCGAGCUAGCAGAGUUGUCUAGGUCAAGCCAACUAGCCAUUGAGGCUAGAGCCGAACCGUUUAUGAAGACAAUAUUGGAGCGACGGUAUAGGCCUCAUCUUGUGGUUGCUGUUGGGAUACCAUGUUUUCAACAGUUAACCGGGAUCACGGUUAAUGCGUUCUAUGCGCCGGUUCUGUUUCGAUCGGUUGGGUUUGGUUCUGGUCCGGCUCUUAUUGCGACGUUGAUACUCGGAUUGGUUAAUCUUGGUUCGCUUCUUGUCUCAACCACGGUUAUUGACCGGUUUGGUAGACGGUUUUUGUUCAUUGCUGGUGGUAUUCAGAUGUUUCUCUGCCAGAUUGCAGUGGCUGUGUUACUAGCGGUGACAGUGGGAGCAACCGGGGACGGAGAGAUGAAGAAGGGUUACGCCGUGACGGUGGUGGUGUUACUUUGCAUAUACUCGGCUGGGUUUGGAUGGUCGUGGGGGCCAUUGAGCUGGCUUGUCCCAAGUGAGAUAUUCCCACUCAAGAUGCGACCGGCUGGUCAAAGCUUAAGCGUCGCCGUGAACUUCGCCGCGACGUUCGCUCUCUCUCAGACGUUCUUAGCAACGCUCUGCGAUUUCAAGUACGGUGCGUUCUUGUUUUAUGGUGGUUGGAUCUUUAAUAUGACGGUGUUCGUCAUCAUGUUCUUACCGGAGACCAAAGGGAUCCCUGUGGAUUCUAUGUAUCAAGUUUGGGAGAAGCAUUGGUAUUGGCAACGGUUCACUAAACGUACCAACCUAUUGUAAUCAAUUUCACAAUUAAUUUAGAUAUAAUGC